AUGGAGGAACAUAUUCGACAAAGCCUCUCCAACCACCCAAAUGCUUUCCAGCAUUUCCACAGCAGCUCCCCACACCCGUCGCACCGGUCCUCUGACAGAAUGACACCCCGUUCCUUCAAUGAAGGCACCUCCACUGCCGUGGAAACUGAGGAGUCGAAUAUGAGCCACCAGCAGCAACGCCACACCAGCACCGAUGAGGAGGGCAUGCCGCCCCCUCGGUAUACCCCGGAAAGCGACCCUUUCCAUCUGGCCUCGAAGCUGAAGACCGAGGAGGAAAUCAGCCAAAUCAAGGCCAACACCUCACGCAAGCGCGAUUCAACCUCUCCCAAGAUGAUUCACAUGAUGCGGAAGCCUGGUGCAGGCGCCAAGCAGGCCCUCACAACUCGCAAACUACGGGGCUUCUACGAGAACCAGAACGAGAACAUCGAGCGUAUGCUCAAGCCCGUAGAGGAGCACGUCCGCGCGGCGCGGGAGCUGAAUACCGAGAACAGUCUCAAGUACAAAAUCGCCGUGUACGCCAGUUUUGCGGCGAAUAUCAUCCUGUGCGUGGUGCAGGUUUACGGCGCCGCGUCGUCCGGCUCGCUCUCGCUGUUCACUACCAUGGCAGACGCCAUCUUCGACCCCAUGUCGAACUUGACUCUGCUGUUGUGCAACAAGGCCGUCAACCGCGUCGAUUCGCGCAAGUUCCCCGCUGGCAAGGCCCGUAUUGAGACUGCUGGUAAUAUCUGCUUCUGCUUCCUGAUGACCGCUGUGUCAUUCAUCAUCAUCGCUUUCUCUAUUCGAGAGAUCGUUGAGGGCUCUGACACCCUUCUCGCUCCGUUCCACCUGCCUUCCAUCAUCGCCGUCUCGGUCGCCUUCUUCACAAAGCUCGGCUUGUUCUUGUACUGCUUCGCGCUGCGCAACCAGGUCUCCCAGAUCCGGAUUCUGUGGGAAGAUCAUCGCAACGACUUGAUCAUCAACGGCAUGGGUGUGAUGACCUCUAUUCUCGGAUCCAAAGUACGCUGGUGGAUUGAUCCCAUGGGCGCCAUCAUACUCUCCGUACUCGUCAGCGGGCUUUGGCUACACUCCGCGUACGGCGAGUUCCAGCUCCUGGUCGGCGUCACCGCCGACACCAAGAUGCAGCAGCUUAUCACGUAUAUCUCAAUGACUCAUUCUCCCCUCAUCACCGCUAUCGACACCGUCCGCGCAUAUACCUCCGGCCCGCGCCUGCUGGUUGAGGUUGACAUCGUCAUGGAAGAUUCCGCCUCGCUCCGCGCCACCCACGACGUCGCCGAGGAACUCCAGAUGAAGCUCGAAUCCCUGCCGGAUGUAGAACGCGCCUACGUGCACGUUGACUACGAGACCACCCACAAGCCCGAGCAUUUCCUCAAGAAGGAGCUAUAA